AUGUUAAUUGAAAAUACGGGUGCUGUAAAUGAUUCAACACUAGAAUUGUCCCUCGUGCCACUCGCAGUUGAUCCCUCAAGGAGUGCCUUAUCUCCCGCUGGUGAAGAGGAAUGUGCAGCUCCCUCAACGAAAUUCAACCGACCAUUGAAGCGAAUACAUCACGUAAAAGCUGACCGCACGAGGCUUCGGUCGCGCCGAAAUUUAAUAAAUCCCGAUCUCACCACCGCUGAAUCAUUUGUCAUCAGUUUGAAUGAAUCCUCAAAAAUAUCGUCAGUGGAGCCUGACGAUGGUGGUAAAAUGGAUAUUUCAACUAUCAGUUUGAAGAAGGCACAAACUAAGCGGUCAAAGAGAAAAGUACGCUCCCGCCGUAAUCUCGUGUCGUCUACGGAGGAUAUAAAUAAUUCAACUUUCGAGAUAAGCAUUGCUCCAAUCGAAAAACAGUCAAGCGAUCGGACUGAACAGUCAGUGAUGCUCGACUCAGUGGUGUCGGGUGAGGAGAGGUCGAUUGCACAGGUGAGGAAUAAUGUGUGUGGUGUGUGGAAGUGCGGUGUCACGGUGCCGAAACGCAAGAUGACAUAUCGUGGACGUCGAGGCACAAGAAGCAGUGGCGGUGGUAAU